AACCCAUUCCUGGAGCACGGACAGCACCUGACAGACCUGGGUGGCUCACGAACUGCUGAGGGAAGAAGGGGAGGACAGUGUCCGGCUUUCACGUAGCGCUGUCCUAGAGUGCUCAGAGAUGAACGUGUGUAGGCUACGCUUAACAGUGCCACCUGAUGAAGUGUCACAGCCUGAACAAGGACCAAAGGAAACUGAGAGAAAGAAAAGUGAUCUCUACCAUGUACCAAAUGGGAUCUCUCCAGGGAAGCUCUCUCAUGGGAUGGUGUAUGGUGUUGUGCACCGAACUGACAACAACCAUAAGAGAGAAAUGGUGGUUUAUGGCUGGUCAGCUGAUCAGCUGAAGGAGGAGAUGAAUUACAUUAAAGAAGUGAGAGCAACUCUGGAAAAAGUAAGAAAGAAAAUGUAUGGUGAAUAUGAUGAAAUGAAACGAAAAAUACAGCAGCUAACAAAUGAACUGAAAGUGACAAAUGCUCAUCAGGAAUCCUUAGAGAAUCAUGUUCGAGUGCAGGCUGCAGCCUUAGAUAGCUUUAGUGAAAUGAACAGCUCCUUGACAUCAGCAUCAAUAGACUUGCAGAAAACUCUAGUGGAUGUUACAUUGGAGAACACUGACAUAAGGGAACAAAUAAGGAAUUUAAAACAUACUCAUGAGCAAUCUAUGGAAAAGCUGAGAGAGAAGCAAAAGCAACUGGAAACAGCACAAAUUGAAAAUCAGUUACUGAAGUUAAAGGUGGAAUCAUCGCAGGAAGCCAAUGCUGAAGUCAUGAGAGAGAUGACCAGAAAGCUGUACAGUCAGUUUGAGGAAAAAAUGCGAGAAGAGGAACAGAAACACAAGGCUGAGAAAGAAAUGCUCCUGGAGGAAACAAAUCGGCUUCUGAAGGCUAUUGAAGAGGCAAAUAAGAAGAUGCAGAUUACAGAAACAAGCAUACAGGAGAAAGACCAGAGAAUUGGUGAGCUGGACCGGCUGAUUGAACGCAUGGAAGAGGAACGUCACCAGCUGCAAAAACAACUUGAAUUAAAUGAAUUACAAAUAUCUGGAGCAAAAUCUGAAAACAACUCUGACAGUGAAAGGUCACAGCACUUGGAGGAGGUAGCAGCCAGCCUGAGAGAAAGGAUCAAGCAUCUGGAUGACAUGGUCCACUGCCAGCAGAAGAAAGUCAAACAUAUGGUUGAGGAGAUUGAAAUGCUAAGGAAGAAAGUAAAAGAAAAGGAAUUAUUUAUAAUACAGCUUUUAGACAAAAUCUCUUUCUUAGAAUGUGAGAAUAAAGAAUUACAAGAUAAACUGGACUACUUAAUGGAAAACCAACCAAAGACCAGUAUAGAAACCAGAGACACUGGUGUAGAAUGCGAUCUUCCAUACAGGAAGUUCAUUGCUAGGCUUCCAGAUAAGGGUAAGAAGAUCUCUGAUUUUGCUGAAAAGCUGAAGCUUGCCAUUUUCCAAGAGGAAGAAGUAGCCAGGACAGCUGAACUGUUAUCUGCUGUCAGGUUGGAGUUUAAGGCAAAACAGGAGGAGAUUAACACAAGCAAACAGGAAGUUGUCCUAACUGAGGACACAGUGAACAGUGCAGAUUCCUCAGUUGUUAAUGAAAACUCUAAUAUUAAAGACGUUUCUGAUAUUUCUGCUGAAAAGCAUGAGGCAGAAUGUAUUGAAGAAGAUGCCACAAAUGCAGCUUUGGAAAAUCAAAGGACUCAGAGGAAAAAUAAAGUAAAGACUGUUACAGAGGAUCAGAAUAAUUUAUGUGAAUUCGUUUCCAAGUCAGCCACAAGCAAUCACCUGAACAAUGAUCAGCAAGUCUCCCAGAGCAGUACUGAGGAUGGUACAAAAAAUACAUCUGCUUUGGACAAUAGUAAAGAAGCCUUGGUUGAUGCCUUUCAAAGAGUUACAAUUGCAGACGGGGAAAACAGUGAAAAAAUAUUGGAAAAAGAGCAGGAUGUGGCAAAACAUAAGGGCAAUGUGUUUGGAAGCCGGCAUCCCAAGACACCACAUUACAUUGAAGUUCUAGAGGCCAGAGCCAAGAAUCCAGUCAUAAAAAAACCCAAAUUUAAAACAAAUGCACUAUCAGGAGAGCAGAGUGGAUCAUCUCACGGUUCCUCACUGAGUCAAUCACCUGGAGGAUCUGGCUCUCCAGUUCCUCCAGAAGAGAGACGACUCAGAGAUAAGAAACAUUUGGAUGACAUCACAGCAGCUCGACUGCCACCACUUCACCACUCCCCUGCUAAGCUGUUAUCCAUAGAGGAAUCCAUAGCAAUUCAGAUACAGCAAAAAGAAGCUUAUGAGGAAAUGCAAGCCAAGCUGGCAGCACAGAAGCUUGCAGAGAGACUGAAUAUAAAAAUGCUCAGGUUUGAACCAGAGGGGGAGGCCUCAAUGCAGUACAGAGAAGUGAGAGAUGAAGAUUAUUUUUCAGCAGAAGACUGAAUACUGAAUGAAAGGAUGUCUGUGGAUGAGCUGUGUAACUGAUCUUUAUGCAGUACUUCUUAAAACCCAAACCUGAAUAUUGAGAAUGCUUCAUCUAGUCAGUUUUUUCUUAAAAUUUUCACAUGACAGCUCCAGGAAGGGUUCAGUGUAGACAUCAUAAAUAUACAUGUCACAGUUAUUUAUCAGUCUUCUUUGGGGACUGUUUUUUGAGCACUUGGGGCAGUUAAUCCUUGUGGAAUGCCCCACAGUUCUCAGCUGUAGCAAAGUGAGCUCUCUAAAACAGUUUUGCAGGCUAUGAGGGGUCAGCUACAAGAGAAAGUUUCUUCUGUGCAGAAAUGUAAUUGCAAAGGGCUUUGGCACAAAACAUGCCCAUAAAGUAGGCUGAGGUGCUUGUGAACUGCUCACAUGUAUGAAAGCUCUUGUCUUGUAUAAAUGUGAGCUACUCCUUUUACCUAUUUAAUAUUACCUUGCUUUUACAGUAUGGUGAAAAUACCUGCCCAGAGAGUUACAAUAAAUACCUGAACUUUAGGCUGUAAGGUAACUUCUUAGCACAUGAGAACUUGUUUCUGUGCCUGCACCUUAAAAUAACAUUUGCUGCCCUUAUGUUGUAAAUAGCUAAGAACUUAAAGUUAUUUUGUUACUCAAAUUCCGUUUGGGCUUUAAGGGACUCUGCUGUUUGAUUUUUUGAAGAGAUCAAGUUAAUCUGAAGAAUUUACUAUUUUUAUUAAAGAUUUUUAUGUUUUUCUGUAUUUUUGUACACUGCUUUCAUACUUUGCUACCGUUUUUCCAUAGUUCAAUACUGUAAAUUAAGAGAUUCACCCUCUGGUUUUCUUGGAGAAAGUGUUGUGUGUAUUUUUAAGUUUUGGCUGUUAUUUGAAGACAAAAAACAACCUUCCUUACAAGACCAUGGAUAAUAUAAAUUCUGAAAGAUAAGGAACACACCUGACAAGUAUCUCACAAUGAUAUUUUCACUGUGGACUAGGAUUUUCUGAGCCUAGUUUGAAUUCAGUUUUUAAAAACAAACCUCAGAGGUUCGUUGUAUAACCUGGCAACACCUGUUUUCCAAGAUGUGUCCGCAGCUGUGUGUGUCCCUGGAUGUGUACAUGUUCCUACAAGAAUGAUGUCUUUGGAAACCAAGGCUGCUCCAGCUGCAAGUCAUUUAAAAAGCUGCAUGGGAUGAAAAUGUGGGAGGAAGGUCUCAGCCACUUAAGUGCAGGCAGCACUUUCCUAGCAGGCAGUAACUCUCUCCCAGGUGCUCCACAAACCCUCCUGGGCAGUCCCUGUGGCACAGUCCAUACCCUGGCAAUUGGACAGGUGGAACUGCUGCUAAGCUAAUCACAGUAUUUUUUGACUAGAUCAUCUCUUGCUCUUUCCUGAACUUUUUCUUCUUGCAGCCUUCUUGUUUUCAUUGUUCAUUGGCUUCUCAUCAGCUGCUCUUCCCUUUUUCUCAUUAGGCUUACCUGCUGUCACUAAACCCAAUCCAUAUUCUGCAUGCCUGCCCCACCCAUUCCCUUUCUUAUGACAUACUGCUGUGUGUGUCUGUGUUUGACUCCUGCCAUGUGUCGUGCAUCCUCCUGCCACUGCUAUCUUACCUUGCUUUCUGGAACUCCAUCUAAAUAGCAGCUGUGCACCUGGCACCUCCUACGUUCCUCAGUCCCGUGAAUACCUCACAGAGGUGUUGAUGACCCAGUGGAUCUCAGUUGUAUCUAUUUCUGUUCAUCACGUGGCUCUGACUGAGGCCAGAGGAGUGAUCUCCUCUUGUGGAUGCAGCUCAUCUCUCAGACCAUUGCUUUCCAUUCUGCCACCUGCUUGUCCAGCUGCAUCUUGUCAUCAGCCCUCCCAUCACUGCAGUCUGUACUGCUCCAGGACAAGCAGCCUCAGAAAUGUAUGGCUUUCCCUUUGCUGUUUCAUGAAAAGUAAGUUACCACUUCGAGGCUGUUUGCUUCUCUUCCCCUGGUUAGCAUCAUCACCCUUAUCCUGUACUGACUGUGCUGUCACACCUCUGUAAGAUGCUGUGUGUGCUUUCUCUCUGUGGCUUUUCUGUGCUAAAGGAAUUCACACAAAACUACACACUUAGCAACUUGUUUUCUAGACUACUGAAAUUUACCUCUACCUAGGCUUCUCUAUACUAAGCUUCUGCUAACUAAACCAACUCUUUUCCUUAUGCUAUUAACACAUACUUUUGUUCUCUAAACUUUGUAAAGCAGAGGCAGUUUUUUUGAUGCUUAUUUUGAUAGAAUUCAACAUGUUGGGCCGUUGCCAAAAUGAUCCCUGAAUGGGCAAACUUCACCCAGAAUGGGAUGUAGGGUGGGGUGGAAAUCACUGCAUUAUGUGCUUGUUAAACAAUUAGUGGCUCUUCGGUGCAGUUUUGGGGAGCUUUUGUGUGAAUACAAAACCAAGCUAAAGGUAUGAAUUUUAAGUUAUUAUUUAAAAGUUUGCAAAACCUAGAAGCUGUCCUGGGGGCUGUUGCUUCUAAACAAGAGAUAUGCACUUUGAAUUAAGGUUCUGUGAAUGUCAAGAAAACAAAGUCAGGUUUAAAAAGAAUCCUAUGUUAUGGAGGAUGUGCAGUCUUGAAGUCUGUGAAAGGUUGGAGUACAACAUGAUCAUGAAAGGAUUUGUUGGAUAAUGAAAGGAUGAAUCAUUAAAUGGUUUAGUCACAUUGAAAAGAGUUUCAGGUUGAGUAUGGUAUUGUUGUUGUGUAUUUCACUGUUUCCCAGUUCCAGAUAAUUUCAAAAUGUAUAUUGAGAGUUGAGGAGCUUGUUGCCUAUUUUGAGAAUGGACUAUUAUAUUGGAUUGGGCUGUUAACACAGUAAAAAUAAAGAAUG